AUGGACACACCUAUUAGAGAAUUGUUUACCCUUGUAGAAAUUCAAGAACUGUUUCCUUCUUGUAAGGAACUGCUGAAGAAAAACAGGUAUGAAAUUGCCUCAUAAUCUCAGCACCCUAUAGGGACUGUUUUAUACGUCGAAAUUCGGUCGCAUCGAAUGCAAUUUAAACUAUAGAUAAUGAACCUUAAUGAGGUUUAUCAUCUCAUUAUCUAUUGUUUGAAUUGCAUUCCAUGCGACCCAAAUUCGACGUAUAAAACAGGCCUCACAUAACUGCUUUCAGGCUAGGGAAAAAGUCUGUUUAGAUAUAGCUUUGAGGUAUUAAAAAGUUAACACGCUUUCGUUGGUAGGGAUGCAACUAUAUCUGAAAAAUAUAAUUAAGGAGAACCGGCACAGACAGUUCAAAAUUUAAAAAGUUAGUUUAAUUUUAGUUCAUGUUAAGACGUUAUUUUGUCCACAUUUCUAUAACUUCUCACAAUUCAGCUCACUCUCCAAUGGAACUUACAAACUACGAAAUAAUGAAUCACUGGAGGACUAUUCAGUUUACUGUCACAUGACCGAAAUACCUGGAUGCGGGACAGGAGGCUGGACACUAGUAAUGAAAGUAGAUGGCAACAAAGUAAGGAUCAUCCAAGUUGCAAAUUAAUUUUAAGAACAAUAGAUAGUGAUAAAUUAAUAAUUAAAUACAGAAUAAGUAAGCAUUUUCAUUUACAGAAUGAAUUCAACUACAGCUCUCCUUACUGGACAAGCAAGGUAUCCUACGCAGUUGAAGAUGGACUUGAAGGUUUGAAUGAAAAACAAACAAAACUUGCUUCUUACUGGAACACACCAUUUAACAAAAUAUGCCUUGGAAUGAAAGUCAAUGGUACUACCAAAUGGAUUGUGAUGAACUACCAAGCAAGUUCGCUGUUCAAGAUGAUCGCAAGCGGACAUUUCACAGCAACAACCGUUGGAAAGAACGGAUGGAAGUCUUUGAUCAAAGAUUCAUAUUUGCAAGACUACUGUGAUCAAGAAGGAUUCAAUAUAGUCACCAAAAAUAAGUUCUGGGACUAUAAAUUUGCUUAUAACAAUGUACGGAUUGGAUUAGUGGCGAAUAAUCAAAAAGACUGCGAGAGUUGUGACUCGUGUAUUGGCUUUGGUACUUCGGUACUUGGAUGUGAUGGUGAUGUUAGAAACAUAUCUUGCGGUAUUAUACUGACUUAUUACUGUACUGAGCCAGAAAAUAAUAAGUACACUGCAGCGUUUGGAUACAUACUUGUGCUGUAGCGUCGCAAUAACACUCGGCCGGGACUAACUCAGAUAUAUACUUCUGCACGUCCAUGUAUAUCAAAGUUUAAAGAUUGAGAUUUGUUUGUUUGUUUGUUUGUUUGUUUGUUUGUUUGUUUGUUUGUUUGUUUGUUUGUUUGUUUUGAUUGUAUUUAUUGUAUACUAGAGUAAAACAAUCCCAGACAAAGAUGGAAUCAUUAGACCAUUAUGUAAUGCUGAACCAUAUGUAAUGGUGAACCAUAAUUGGGAAUAGCAACUCAGUAAUUUUUCAUAGAAACUGCUAGAAUUGAAGAAAAGUUAGUUAGUAAAUUAUCCAAUAGGACUGACGUGAUCGUUUCCUGGGAAACCAUAACAUGAAGAAACCGUUUGGAAUGAAUAUGGCUUUGCGCAUCGGGACAAGGCUGUUUUAAUAAAACUAAAUAAUUUCAAAUUAGAGCAUAUUAUGUAAAAAUUAAAAGAACAUAAAUGAUUGUUUUACAUAGGAACGGUGGGUGAGGUAACACGCCCAAAUCCUAAUUAAGCAGUUCAAUUUCACUACGCUAAUGAAGCAGUUCGAUACAUAGUCCAGUCAAAUCACUAUAAGUACAUGUUCCUGAUCAAAGUAAUCGCAAUAGAUUUUUUUCAGUGGUAAAGUGUGAGAAAAGGUGUUCUGAUUAACAUAUUAAAAAUCCAAAAAAAUCCCUUCGGCGGAUCGGAACAUGGUAAAAAUCGAGUUUUUCUUACUUCUGCCAACAGAAUACCAUUGCAAAAUGUUGAAAUUUCACAAAAUGUUGAAAUUUUGAAAUUAUUUUUCGCAAAUAUAACCUGCAUCAUUGGAAAGCUUAGAAAUAACUAAAUAUAGAUCAAUUAAACGGUUACCUUGCUUUUGCCUAUCCAGCCGAAGCUAUACGAGAUUUAAAACGCCAUAAAUUUGUAUUUUGUGCAAAUUUUGCGCUAUUUUUCCAACUUUGAGUUAGAAUAACGACAAACUAGCUAGUAAUUGAAUAAAACGGUUUAAUUGACCUUUAUAUAGUUUUGUUUAAGCUUUCCAAUAAUGUAGGUUACAUUUGCCUAAAAAUGAUUUCAAAAUUUGAACAUUCUGUCCACAAUGGUUUUCUAUAGGUAGACGUAAGAGAAACUCGAUUUUCGCCAUGUUCCACCGACGGAACUUUUUGGGAUUUUUAGUAUGUUAAUCAGGACACCUUCCCGCACAUUUUACCACUGAAAAAAAUUCUAUUGCAAUUUGACUGGUCACAUUUGACUGGACUAACAAAUACGCUUCGUUAAGCAGAUCUAGUAAAGUAGUGGAGAAUGGCUCGUGGAAGGAAGUGGCUGAAUUGAAUAUAUAAUCCUCAGGAAGCACUGAAGCGUAAACCUUGUCAUUUUAAUUGAGUUACAGCCAAAAGUGACGGGAAUUUAUAAUCGCUUCUGAGCGUUAUACCUGAAUUCACUUCCCUUCUGUGCGUGUGCAUGCACGAUCAUCACAUGUCCACGUAAUGUCAACAUGUCAGUCAAAUGGUUCGCUAAGGUCAAUAUAAACUAUACAUAUUUAAAAUCAAGAUUUUGGCAAUUCAAUUAACGACACUAUGACGUAUUCAAGUCCUCCCAGAUGCACAAAUUGCAUAAAAACAGUUAAAUUGCUGCUCUAAUAACAGGCACUUAAUGCAUUAAAUAAGACAUGAUAUCUGCGCGUUUAUAUAAUCAUAUUAUGACAUAUACAGCUGUUGAUAAACUACAGCAGAUUAUAACUGCACGUUUAAAGGCUGCCCACAUAUCUCAUACAAUAUCUAGUAAAGUAAACAGUGAGAGCGGCUCGUGGGAGGAAGUGGCUGAAUUGAAUAUACUGUAUAUAAUCCUCACGAAAACUGAAGCGUAAGGGAGCAGUCAUUAUUAAUGCUGGGGGGGGGGCGGAAGAUAUUGGGGGAAGGCACCAAAAAUUUAUUAACCAUUUACGGGGGGGGGGGCUACCAAAAAUAUCAAAGAAAGGUGGGGGGGGACCAAAAAUAAUGUACAAUAAUCAUAAAACAUCAGCAAUUAUAGUUCACUGUAUUAUAAAUGUCAAUGCUAUACAAGUAUAGGUAAUCACGCGGAAGGAGUGCAAUUAAUGAUUAACACUACGAGUGAUAUUUGAAAAUUGUGCCAAAAUUGCACAAGCCGUUAAUAAUUAAUUGUACGACUUGCCCGUGUGAUUAUUUAUUUAUUUUAUGCAUGGCAUGAUGACAAAAUAGUUUUCUUUAAAAUUCAACUUCAUUUUGUCAAGAGUUUUUAAACUCAAAUAACAUAUGUUCAGAGUAUUAAGAAAAUCUUUGUAUAAAUUGUAUAACAGACUUACAUAGUCACAUUUCGCUGCAUCUCGCCGAGAUUAUUUCCUAAAACUGUUUCCAGGUAUUUUCCAUAGGUUCUUUUUGCCAUACUAUGUUUUGUAAACUCAUUCUUGUGCCAAAAUUUAAUUCAAUUCGUCCAUGUGGUUUUUAUACAAGAUAAAUAUAAAUUUCCCCGCCAUAUUGAACUUGUUGUUUUGAUUUCCCGCUCCCCCUAGCCGCCCAGAUCGAAAAUCAUUAAUUGCACCACAGGUGGGCCAAUCACGCAAGGGUCAAGUACCAUCGAGACUGAUCGAGUGCAAAGUCUCGGAAAAUAUUAGUCCAACAAAAGAAUAGAAGGAGAACACACACUAUCGAAUAGACAAGUCGAUUUCAUUUUAAAAUGUAUAUUUUGUUACAUAUUUUUAUUAUAAUAUACAUUGCUAUAAUAUACAAGUCUAUACUGUCACUUGCGAGAUUGGGUCGCCUGUGAUGUAUAGUAUAUGUUUGGAAUGCAAGUUCAAUCACAGGGGAAAGAGGGGGGGCUAUGAAAUUUUAUUAUGUUUAAAGAGGGGGGCCAUGAAAAAUUUACCAUAAGUUUAGAAAUUUCUUAAUAAUGACUGCUCCCUAAACCUUGUCAUUUUAAUUGAGUUACAACCAAAAGUGACGGGUAUUUACAAUCGCUUCUGAGCGUUGAAUUCACUUCCCUUUUGUGCGUGUGCAUGCACGAUCAUCAAAUGUCCACGUAAUGUCAACAUGUCAGUCAAAUGGUUCGCUAAGGUCAAUAUAAACUAUACAUAUUUAAAAUCAUGACGUUCGUAAUUCAAUUAACGACAUGCACUAUGACGUAUUCCAGUCCUCUCAGAUGCACAAAUUGCAUAAAAAGAGUUUAAAUUGCUGCUUUAAUAACAGGCACUUAAUGCAUUAUAAAUAAGACAUGAUAUCUGCAUUUAGAUCAUUUACAGCCGUUGAUAAACUACAACUGAUUAUAACUGCACGUUUAAAGGCUGCCCACUUCUCUUAUACAAUGACUAGCCAUUCAAGCCUUUGUGCGUUAAUUUUGGUCUGGAUAAUAACACAGCAAGGCGAAUGCUCAUCCAGGGAAGCACUCUUUCGCAGAAAUGUACAAAAAUAUUUGGCAAAUCAUGUCAUGGAAACAAAACAGGCAGGGAGCGAGUUAGAAUGCGGUAUGCUUUGCGUUGCAGAUGGGUCUUGUGCGUCAGUCAAUUAUAAAACGUCUGGAAUCGGUAAAGGUCUGUGUGAGCUCAACAGCAAGACACUAACUCAAGGGACGUCUAAAGCUGAUGAGGAAACGAACCAUGAAUUCAAUCACCUUUAUGUGAUUAAAAAGGUUAGAAAAUUCAACUCUUUUAGCUAUAUAAAAUAAUACUCGUGAUUUCUGACAAGUCCCUUAACAAAUAAAUGUUGUGGAAAACGUAUUAAUGAACAGAUUUACAUUAAAAUUUUUUUUAAAAAAACCUAAAAAUAAAUAAAAUGUGCCUUGCUGACAAGUCCCUCAACAAAUAAAUGUUGCAUGUGCAAAACGUAUUAAUGAACACAUUUGCAUUAAAAAAUUAAAAAAAAAAAAAAAAAAAAUAAAAUGUGCCUUGAUGGUGAGCUUUGUUUGUCGUGUUACCAACCCUCCAUGCAAUUAAGAUUUGGUGUGUGUUUUACUUAUUUUCGGGAUGUUCUUUCACCUAACGUGCUUGAAGGCCAGUCGGCAUGCGCGCGCAUUUCAUCAUGCAAAACUGAAGACUUAUAGUUCAAGUUUUCAGUUUGAUUCAAACAAUAUAUAUACAUAUAUAUAUAUAUAUAUAUAUAUAUAUAUAUAUAUAUAUAUAUAUAUAUAUAUAUAUAUAUAUAUAUAUAUAUAUAUAUUUAUUUAAUCUUAAAAAUGGUAUAUGUUGCUACUCAGAGUUUCAUGCAAUUUCGCAAUCUUCAGGCAACUGCUAUUACAAGUAAGUUCAGUUUUGUUUGUUGACGCUACUCACUAACGGUUUGCUGACGCAUGCGUUCGUUGGUCACGCACGCUCUCAAAUUUUCCCGCGUGGAAUUUCUCUGCGUGGCGGCACUUCGCGAAUAUUUCCAAUCUUCUAUUAAGGGUUCUAUUUGCCUUUAAAAGGCACAGUUUUUCUUCGGUGCACAAACUGCAGUGUUUUCCACCUGCUGAAUACGAUGAAGCUCGUUUUACGAUUGACCACUUGAUUUCGUAAUCUUUCCCAGCAUUCUUUAAUUUCCACACAUAUUUAGAAAGUUCCGUGUCAUAUUCAUAUCUUUUGUGCUUAAACGAUUUUAUAUGGUUUCGAUAUCUAACUUUGAACUCAUUUGCCGUCAUACCGAUGUAUUCCUUCGCGUCACAAUCUUCCUUUGUUCUUAUCACUGCCUUGUAGACUAUACCUUUCGUUAAACACUUUUUCUGGAGUGGGCAUUCACUAGGGAUUCGGCAAUCACACAAUUUGCUUGGGUUUUCCAUUGGCUCAGCUUUCGCCAAGAUGUGCUUGUUGUGUCUGGAAAUGGAACUUUUAACAUUUUCCAUGCAGCUGUAACUGACCUUAAUGGAGUUACGGUUGAAAAUCUUGUGAAAGGGAUUUGCCCUCGGAAAGUGCUUGUCAAUUAGUCGUAGAAAGUCCCGGGCAAUGUUUGAACGUACAUUUUUGCUAAAAGGAGGGUUAAACCUGAUUACCCUCCAUCAACUACAACCCAAAAGUGGAAACGUCAAAGAAACAUCAUCUGGUUUAACCCUCCUUUUAGCAAAAAU